CACGAGCCGUAUACAUAUAUAGCACGCGCGUGAUUACCGUUGAAUCCACGCAUACGUACGUAUGCACGUACGCGCGUUCGCUUUUCGUGACCUAUAUCCGUUUUCACCUGACCGCGCGUACUCAUGCGUGUCGCGUUAAAGAUAACGAUAGGCGCCGAUUCAUCAAUCGAUACGCAUGAACUUUGUGUAUACAUACACACGCGUCCUAUGUGGCGCGCCAUGCCACGCCACGCCACGCCAAGCCAAGCCACGCCUGAUAGCCUCGCGACAUUCUCAUCGCACUAACAGGGCCUUCCUGUUUCUUUCUUUUUUUUCUUUCAGAAAGUAAGCGAGUGACGAAGCCGUUAACGUUGUGACAUGUCCAUUCUAGACGAGCGCGAGGAGUACCUGAAGAAUCCGUAUUUCAAGGAGCACGAAUACGGCGACUUUACAGCGUUCUAUGUCACAAUCGCCUUCUGCGCUGUUCUAGGCGGAUUUCUCUUCAUCCUGAACAUUGUGUUCUGCUGGUGCUCGCGGCACCGUGAAUAUUGGCGGAAUCGCCACUCAGGCAAUAGGUGGAUUCAACCUCUAUGGACUGUAUUACCACACAAAACCCCGCCGCUCGACCUGAGUGAAUUAGAGUCCGGUGCCAUCAAGUAUCCCCAAGUGAGGCACGAGAUUAUUCAGUAUAACGAUACGGAAUCUCAGCGUACCACACCGCAGCCGCAGGAGUACAUGGAGAUGCAAAAGCGCGAGAGUGAGAUCUAAAAAGUAGGCUGACAAGAACGACUAGCAAGCAGUGUUGGAAAACAGUGGUAGUAACACCCACGCUUAAGAAUCAUACGUUCAAAGUCACGAGUUUAAUUGAACCCAAUAGAGUUUAAUUAGCCCUUUGCACUCACAGUCAAUAGCAUUGUGAAGCCUCCAACUUCUGGCUACUGUACGCUGAAACUCCUCGUCACUAACGUUGUUUUCGUAGGCACAUUGCCCCUGCUUUUACAUACGUUAAGAAUAAUUUUUAUUUUAAUUUUUUUACGUGACAUUUAUAUAAUCAAAAAAAGUGAUUGAAACACCGUAGCGACUUUGUCCGCAAGUUGUUUCAGAGUUAUUGUACAACUGCACGCAACACUAGUUGCAAAUAGGCAAUAAUCUCAGGCAGCAUAGAAACAAUUCCUUAUUAUGGGCUUGCACGUUUUCUGGCCUGCCACGGCCUGCCUGACUCUCUUCGUAGUUUGCAUUAUAAUCGUGAUGCUGAGAUACGGCGCACGUCUCUGCAAAUUACGACACGAGCCGUUGCCAUCCGACCAAGAAUGGCAGGGCAAAGCGUAUUCCAGAAAGCUAUCCGUUUCCAGUGCAUGAGAACAGAUAGCACUGUCCCAAAAAUAUUGUAUCCAUAGUUCGUACAUUUUUUCUCAUUCCAAAAUGUAUAAACGAAACUGCCGAUUAGUAUUUUUGCUAACAUAAGUCGAACGUAAGUAAUAUUCAGAACCAUUUAUAACUGCUCUUUUUGGGACACAUCUCGUAUAUUGAUGCAGUAUUGCAUAGACACAAAUACUGAUCGUGUAAGUUGAAAGAUCUGAUAUUCCGUCCAUUUACUAUAUAUUUCGUAUUAAUAUAUUUUUUAUUAACACACGUGCGUAAUUCUUUUUUAAUUAAUGCAAUUUAUAGGAGUUUUUAUAAAAUUGAAUUUACAAAAAGUUUUUAUAAAAUGGAACUAAUUUAUAACAAAGUAUCAUUGAAAGAAAAUUUUGUCCGUCCAUUUUUGAUAUUAUUAAAUAUACUCUUGUUCGAAGUAAUUUUCUAUGAUAUCGAUAAAUCGAGCACUUUUGUAAUUUUUGUAUCGAUACGUUUUACGAAUAAAAUAUAUGUUAUAUGAAAA